AUGGAUCUUGAAGACAUUUCUCAAUGGCUUUCUACCGGAAAGCCGCCUCAGACACCGCUCGUCAUGCUUUUCAGUCAGUACCUGAACGCAGAGGAGGCAGCGCAGAUUUUUCAGCGAUUUCAAUCGGAAGAUUGGAUUCCCAACGGUCAAGUCCUCUGGAGUGGUGUACCUCGCGACAAGGCCCAGAAAUGGGCUGACAACCAUCAUCUCCAGACGUUAACCACAGCAAUGGGUCCGUUGAUGGACAAAGAACAUCCAGAAUCUUUGAAGUCGAAAAUGACACCCCAUCAUUGGAUUCAAUAUGUCCGUGGUGCUUCGGCAGUCUUCGCUUGGCACAUAGCCAGAGGCGAAAAAGUCACGGUGCUUUUACCCCCACCACCUGAACGCUUCCAUCCAUCGGGCCUCACAAAUUACCAAGCGAUAGAGGAGCCUAUUGUUCGGGGCCAAAUUGGUCAAUACGCUGUACGCAAGAUUGUUCUGGUUCAUCCCACGGUGACAGAAAGCGAAGAAUACUUCUACGAAGGAUGGCCUGAGGAUGAAUACUCCACUUGGAUACAGAAGUAUGGAUUGCGAAAUAAAAAGAUAACAUGGAGAAAGAUAGGACGCAGCGGAGACAAACUACGACUGAAGACGUUGAUGGCUCGCCCAAAACUAUAUCCGCUUGCUGAGCCAAUCGACUGGGUGGAGAAAACUGAAACUCCACGAGAAUACUCAGCGUCACUGAGUUUGUCAACUGGUCCUCACCAUAUUAAGAGUGGUACUGGCCAAGCCGCUUUAGUCGCCGCGUUAUCGAUGUUCUUUGUCCUUCUGUCGUCUAAGUUUGCGCUGUUAGCUUUGAUGGGCGUAUCUUACGUGCUAAUCGACGAGACCCUGCGCGGAAGUGAAGUCAACCAAAGUUGUCGGUUGCAGGCUAAUUCCAAAGCCGGACAAGAAGUGAAUUGUGUAAAGGGAGCAAAUAACUUUUUGGAAACAAUAUCUGACCGGGUUGAAUUCAAAACGCAAGAAGAGUCAAAGACAAAGCUCAAAGAUUGGAAGAAAGUGCAAGCGAAAGCGCAAAAAGAGGUGAAAAACAUUGAGGUGGAAAGGAAAGCGCAAGUAAAGGCGCAAGAAGAAGCAAAACGGAAGGAGUUGAAAGAUGAGUUAAAAGCUCAAGCCAAGGCGGAAAAAAAGGCCAAAGCAGAAAGCAAAUUACCGGAUAAGGCGCUUAAAAAAAGAAAGUGA